GUUCCACGUUUGUGGGGACCAUUUAUCCUUUCUAGUUGUACACAAUCUUACAUGUUGGGGGCAAUGUGGUGAAGGCUUAUUUCUCCCAUACAUUGACAAUUGCCAGUAGGCCUAGUAAUAUGCUACAACUGUUUGUACAUGAUACUAUGAUGUAGGCCUACAUGUAGAUUAGCCCCACAGUAGGGCUUUGGAUGGCUGUCUUUUGAAAUCUGUCUCUUUUCUGUCGCCGUCACAGCCCUACUUCAAGGCAUGACUUUGAUGCCUGAAAAUCCUGUGACAAUCCUGCAGUUUGGAUUUCACUGAAAUCCAAUUUGCAGGAUUGUCACAAACUUUGAAUCCUAAUAAUACUAUCUUCCGAAAUAAGAAUGACUUAACAAUUUUACUCACACCAGCAUAUUCCUCAGAGUUUGGCUUUUUAUAUGAGGACUCUACUUAGAUGAAGUAAAAAAAAUGUUUUUUGUCUGGAUUUUUGAAAAAAAGGAGGGAGCGGAGCUUUUGAUUUUUAAUUUUUUCAAGAUAGCAGCAAUUUUAAAAUUUCCUGCAACCGUUAGUGUUUCCACUGUUCAAAGACAUGUUAAAAAAAUGAAAGAUAAGUUGGACAAAAGAACUGAACAUAUUUAAAUCAAUUGUUGUUUAGUGUUGUAUUACUAUUGGUCUACAAUGAAGAGUUCUAGAUGCAUUUGCUUUAACUGCCAAAGUCAAGAUUCAUAUUUGAUGAGUAAUUUUAUAGAUAAAAUCAAGCACCAAAUGUUAACUCUCAAAAACCUACAAGUGUCAUGAAUGUAGAUGCGCCAAGCUAUGAAUAAAAAUGUGCUUGUAUUUUUCCAUAAACAUAUAUAGAUUGAGUAAAAAAUAUUUGAGGCGAUGUUAUUUCUUUACAUUUUGUCGGUUUACUUUUGCAAGUCUAUAUUUUGUCUACUAGGCCUACAAAGACUUUACCUUUUGCCAGUUUUGGACUGGUGACAUACAAUGUAUCCAUCACUGUUUGACAAAAGUUUAUUGACCCGUGCUUUGAUGAAAGCAAAUAAACAAGAUUCAGUCAGGCUUAUGAUGAUCAUGCAUGCAUGCAUGAGUGACAGAAAACACUGGCCGCGCUAGACUGUUUCCCGCCCCCUCCCCUGUAAAUCUGAAUGCAUUGAUGAAAAUGGGAUCGGGGAACCAGACUCUGGCCGCACGGGCGAAUUCUUUAAACACGUGCUCGAGCCUGAGCUCAGGGCAUUUUUUACAUGAGUGGAUUAGGUUUAGUCGUUGGCUUCGCUGAUCACGGCCAAACUGCAUGUGAGGCUCACUGGAUCCAGUGAAACCGAAGACCAAGCCUAACACAUUCAUUUCAACACGUCAUUAAGUCCCAUACCGGUCACAUUCUGGCUACGAAGUACAUACAAAAUUCAAAUUCAAUUGACAUUUAUUCCAAUAGUGCAUAUAUAAGGCAUUCAUGUUGUAUGCGUGUUUACAAUUUAUGAAGGAUAAAGAAAAUAAUACAAAGUUUAACUUGAAACUCGAAGAAAAGAAACCCUCCAUGUACACCCACACAUCCGUAUGCAUCUGCAGGCUCAUGCACUCGCUGAAUAUCCGUCGCUGCUUCUCUUUUACUUGGCAUGUUGUGUACUCAUCUGUUUUGAGCCAUUCUGACCGAGGCGUCUCAACUCUGAUGAAAAAUUCUGAUCUUCAAGAAACUCAAAGACUAUUUUGAUCGUCGUUUCAAUGCUUUGCCAACUGCCGGUACCAAUUCCUCUUCUAUCAAGGAACUUAAAAAUACAUGUAAGCUAGACACUAAGUAUUUCAGCAGACCAGGCAACAUCGCACAGUUUGAAUUUUGCAGCACUUGGGAGAUCCUCUAGGACAAAGCUAAGCUCGCCCUGAUGGAAAGAGCAGAUCCUGAUUCAGCCUUUCAUGCCUUGGAUGAGGCCCAAGAACUCAUUGUGGAUUGCAAGUGCUAGAUCCGUAUUACUGACGGUAGUAAGGCAGAUUGGGCAAUGAUCUCUCAUUUGAAUAAGAAGGUAAUGAGAACCUGGGCGUAUCUUCAGAUCAAUGGAAGGGCAUCAAAAUUGCAGAAGAAGCUCGAAAGGAACAACAGGACUGCAAGUGCAAGAAACAAAGAUCUUUCUCUUCCCAAAGAUCUUUCUGAUCAUUGUCUUUUUGGAGGUACGCUCACCUGUAUACUUUGUUGUCUUCAAUGUGCAUUUGUAAUGCAUGCAGGCCCUUAUUCCCAUGUUGUCUCAAUAAAAUGACUGAAAUACAAUUCUAUUCUCUUGUCUCCUUUUCGAGUCGAGGUAAACACAAAACUGUUUUUAAUGCAUAUGAGCACAGCGAAGGAGCAUGAAAAUUUGGUUUUGUUUGCUACAUAGACCAAAUUCCUCACAUUUCUGUUCUCCCUACCUUUGUGCUUUUACCUUUUGUUGAGCACUGGACCAUUACUAUAUACGUGUAUGUGCAUGUCACUGUACACGUCUUUACUUCAGGCUCAUGCACUCGCUGAAUAUCCGUGGCUGUUUCUCUUUUACUUGGUAUGUUGUAUAAUUCCCCCCUCCCCCCAUGCACAAUUCUGCUUUGUCUGGUAUUCUUUUUUCUUACUGGCAUGUAGAGCUUUAACUACUUCAACCACAGCAACCAAGGCUAUUGGUCCAGAUUCUGUCCACUCAAGUACUGCAGUGCUACAUGCUACAAAGGGGGAUCCAGAUUCAGAUAUCAACCCUUUGCUACAGCCAGCAGAGACAUCCCAUGUCAAUUUGCACUGCCCCUUCACUCCUUCCAUCGCCACCGCAGCCUCGAAGCUUGGCAAAGAAUCUCAAGGAUCAUCCAAGUCCUAGCUCUCUUGCUGACAAAUUUUCCAACAUAAUACAGAUCAUUCUCCAGCAACCUUAUUGGCUAAAAUUUCCACCUGCAAUUUCCAGCCAUAAGGAGCAGUUGUUGUACGAGGCUAUUGCUUCCAUGUCGGAGGGCACAUGUACAUGUAAUUCAUGUUUUUACAAGUGUUGAUGUUUUAUAAAGUGGUUGUUUGAGAAUAACUUGUGUCCUUUGUUUCCAAUAAGGGAAGAUGUUUUGGCAGUUUAUUUUUCUGAAAUCAAGUCCAGGUCCAAUUCUGAUGGUGUCAACAAUCAAGUGGCUUCACUCCUUAAUGAAUGUUUACACCAAUCCUGUAGAGUCUUCUAUUGUUCAACAAAUGCUGUGUAGUUUCAGAAAAGAUCUUCACCAGCCUCCAGCUCAAAAGGUUCCUUUAACUUUGAAGCAACUUAAGAAAAUAUUGGACAUCUUUGCCAAAGACGAUUGUUCUCUGAGGCAGCUUCGAACUGCAUGUUAUGUGUGUAUAAAGUAUGUAUGUUGUAUUGUUAAGACACAGUGAAAUUGCUGAAAUGAAAUGCAAUCAUUACGGCUCUACCCAACGGGAAAGGUUUUAAGAUUUGUAUCCCCAACUCAAAAACCGAUAUAUUCAGGCAAGGUAAUAUGUCAUUUAUUUCUGUUUUCUCAAGAAAAUUAUUUGUCAGUUUGUAUUUGCUAAGAUUCUUUCACAGAUCUGGUAUAUGUAUUGGGGACAACAAGCUUAUUUUUAGCCCCCUUACAUUUUGCUCUUCCACUAAAUCUUCCAAGCGUACUCAGAAUAAACCACUAACGUACAUUAGGUGCAGAGAAUUAUUUGUAGAUGCUCUCAAAUCAAUUAACAUUACAGAUGCUAGUGAUUACGGUCUUCACAGUUUAAGAUCAGGAGGAGCCACUUGACUUGCUCUAAGCAAUGUCCUCGAAUAUUUAAUCAUGUAAUAAGAUCAUUGGAAAACAAAAAUGGCUAAGAAUUGAUAUGUUGAUGUGGAUUUAGGCUUGCGUCUUAUGGUUGCCAAAGCUGUAUAAUUUAUGUUACCUUUGUGAGUUUUCUGCAGUACAUGUGUAAAUUGUACAGAACGUAAUUUGACAAAUUAAUAAGAUUGCUUUUGAGGCAAAUGGCGGACUGCAGCCUGUAAGCUUUUUAAUUGUUAACUAAGGCUAGAGUUUAGCCAUGAUGUUGUGAAGCCACCGAGGCUGUUGAAGGGCUAUCAUGGCUUUGGCUAGCAGUAUUUUUGUACAAGUGGGUGAUUUUGUUGCUAUUAAAUGUAUUUUGGAUAUUCAGAUUGUAAUGCAUGCAGGUCCCUAUUCCCAUGCUGUCUCAAUAAAAUGACUGAAAUGCUAUUCUAUUCUUGUCUCCUCCUUUUAGAGUCAGUGUAAAGCACGAAACUGUUUUUCAUGCGUAUCAGCAUAGCGAAGGAGCAUGAAAGUACAAGUAUCUUAAUGCGUCCUAGCUCUGUUCUGCAAGUAUGGGCUACACAAUCUGGGCAUUGUUUGUUGUUGUGCGGAUCCUGCUUUGCUUAUGGCCCAUGAAUGGUUACAUCCAUCCUGAUGAGUUCUUUCAAAACACGGAACCAUUGGCAGGUGAUAUAAUUGGACUGAACGUCGUGCGUACCUGGGAUUUUAACUCCACAAGACCCAUACGAAGUGUCUUCUUUCCUUAUAUCACAAGUGGACUAACGAUGAAGGUACUGCAGUAUGCUGAUGCUGUAGGGAUUAUGCCCCUGAGUCCAUACACACUGCUGGUCUUCCCACGUCUGAUGAUGGCCAUGCUUUCUCUCCUGUGCAUCGAUUACCCUAUCUACACAAUCUGCAAGUUACUUGAAAUGAAAGCAGAAAUCUGUCUUACUAUCUUUGCCAGCUCUUAUGUGACUUUGGUGUACUACACAAGAACCUUCUCCAACUCCUAUGAAACAAUGGCAUUUUCUCUUUUGCUGUUACUUGUAGUGGAUUCCAGGUUAGACCAGUUCAAAUCAACCCCCUCCAAAAAUACAGAAGGCAGGCCAAAUCAUGCAUUCUGGAUAGGUGUUUUCAUUGUUGAAGCAACUUUUAACAGAGUGACGUUUCCCUGUUUUGCUUUGAUUCCUUUUAUAUUUUGGUUAACUGGGUCAGCAUUUGAGUUUGGAGUACAUGCAAUACGUGAAGUUACCAGCAACUGUCUUGCAUUGUUGCCAGGAUGUUUGACUAUGUUAGUCUCAAAUGUCUUAAUAGAUUCAAUAUACUAUGGUACUUUAGACUCAGCAGUGUUGACCAAUCCACAGCUCCUUUACAGAAGUUUAAAUUUUGAUCUGUUGUUUAAAAAUGUGACAGUUACUCCACUCAAUUGCUUAUUGUAUAACCUUGAUAUGCAUAACCUAGCCAGGCAUGGUUUCAAUUCGAGAAUCACUCAUGCAUUAUUCAAUCUUCCAAUGUUAUGCCUACCACUUGUCAUAUGUUUUGUAUCUGAGGUUUUUUCGUUAGUCAGAGGGAGAUUUCAGACAACAUCCACUGGUUUUGCAGGAUCCAGUAGCCGUGCAUUCUUUGCCCUUUGCUUUGUGACUCCUCUUUUUCUUGUGUCUAUAGUGCCACACCAUGAGCCAAGAUUCAUUGUCCCAUUAUUGGUGCCACUUGUCUUGCUGUAUGCAGAAUUUGUUAUGUCCGGUGCUUUCAUUCCCAAUGUCCCAUGGAUUAUUUGGAAUGUACUUGGCUGUAUAAUGUUUGGAUUUGUCCAUCAAGGAGGUGUUAUUCCAAGUAUUAUGCACACACACAGUUUAGUGUCACAACCAGCUCAGACACCAAUACAAUAUCACUUUGUGUAUUAUCACACGUACAUGCCUCCCCGACACCUGGCCCUGUAUAAUCAGUCUGUCUCAUCUGUCUUGUCAGUGAACAAACCCACACUCAAACCAGGUGAGUUGUCAAACACAAUGACUAUUCAUGAUCUUAUGGGAGCUGAUAGACUUGUCCUUAGCUCUACGGUUAAUAAUCUUCUUAGUUCCAAGCACACUCCAGUUCCUAGACUUUUCAAAAAAGAAGUCUAUGUGUUUGCACCAGCAUCUCUGGACCCUGUAUUCUGUCGUCUUGGAGUGAAACACAACUUCAAAUUAGUGAAAAGUUUUUUCCCUCAUAUUAGUAUGGAAGACUUGCCAGAGUUCAUGCCAGCUUACACUUGUGUUGCAGAACCACACAGAAGCUUUCGUAAUCAAAAAAGUCUGCAAAAGUGGCAGACAAUGUUCUCAUUGAACAUGUACAAAGCAGAAAUGGUUCAAAUUGUUCCACACAUCGAAGACCCAGUGAUGUGAUUGACAGGGCAAAGCAUGCUGAACAUAAGUCAACUACACAAUUCAAGCACAGGCGAAUUCGUAUAGUUAAUUCUUUGGAUCUGUACUUUCAAGAAAUUGCUAUCAGAUUAUUUGAUCUUUUAAUUCACAUUCAGUACAUGUAGUUACACGUACAAAAAUUGUAUGUGCAGGGUUGUGCAGGUGUGGCAUACAUAGUGUGGACCUCUGUACAAAAGAAGUCCACACAAUGUAGGGUAUGAUGGCGUGUGAAACUGUGUGAAUGUGUGUCAGAAAUAAGAAUAGAGUGAAUGUGGUUAUGUCAUCAAGUUAAAAGUUGAGUAGACCAUAGACCUUUUCACUAAUGACUUCAUAAUUAUGCACGCAUGCGCACAAAUGGCCUUGGCUGACCACAAGUUGUUCUUUGCCAUCCAUGCAGUAAAUGCACCUGGCAGCUGCAUGCCAAUCUCCAUAUAAGAAGAGUGUUUAUGACUUCUGGCAAGAAGCACGUUUGUGUACAUGUACCUCAGCACAGCUAGAGGGAUGUUUGAAAUUAUGAAAUGUAUGAAAAGUUUUGUCUUUCUGACACAAAAAACCCUGAUUGUCUACCGUAGUCUUAAAUGAAGUUUAAGACCCGCUAAGCACACAUUUAUUCCUUUAGUCUAAAGCUUUUAAGCAAUUUUGUUGUUUCAAACAGAAAAAUGUACAAAAUGAUGGGUGGUCCAUUGUCCAUUAAAAAAUUUCCAAACUUCUGGUACUGUAAAGUAUCAAGGUUGUAUUGGCCAUUUUGGUGUACAGUGUACACUUAUACAUUUCUGAAUAACUUAUUAAUAGUUACCAUUCAGCCUUGGCUAUAAUUCGAAACUGUCAGGUUGCCCUCAUGUGGAAGUUUAAAAAGUUAGUCUUGCAUCCAUGUGUACAUCAUUUUUUGGGGUUGUGUUGCCAUGCGGUGUGUUUUAAAUGUGAAAAGUUCUACAGAAGUGUGGCCUUACAUGAUUCUUAAUAUAGUCCUUUAUGGGAGAAGGUGAACACCUGAUUUAUUUUAUUGCCCAAAAGUCUGAUUUUCAGGAAAUUUUUGUUUGAGUUUGUUUGCUAGUUUUUAAAAAUCAUGCAGUUAAAGAACUGAACUUGGAAGUAAGUUAACUUUGUUAUGGGUAAUUCUGUGACAAACUUACAUACUGGAAGGGAUUUCCACUGUAAGUUUGAUUUCUAAAAACAUUAGAUGAUAGGCCUGGAAAUGAGUACUAGUUUGAUGUUAAUAUUGCUGUGCAGAUCAUUGUACAGAGCAUUUAUAGAACUUGUGUUUGGAAUGUUAGCCUAUAUGUUUCAUACACGUACUAGCAUAUGUACAAUAUACUUUUAUAAAGUUUGCAAGAAGCCUGCAGGGAUAAUGAGACAAGCUACAGGUACAUUUUUUCCCCCAUAAACUAUUGCUUGGAUUACACACAUCAAUGUUUUUGCAAAGUGUGCACUUUUUUUAUCCAACUUUUUGCAACUGAAGUUCAUUUGAUGACUGUUAAAAACAUUUUCUUUGCAGUUUAUUGCAAAUGUUGUUCUCCUUUGCAGCCCACAGAGCAGAAGAUUACUGUCCGACUAUAGACAGCUUUUAGUCAUGCCUGAUAUGCUUGAUUACCUUCGUGCAGAAAUAGAUGGCUUGUAAAGUGACGUCAUAUCGUCACAUUUUUUUAUCCAGCCAAGUGCUGGCCUACUAUAUUGAUAUGUGUACGUACAUGUAUUUGUUGGGAAUCUGAACCACUUGUUUUUACCUUGAAUAGGCCUUAUAUGUAUGAAAUCAGGUUGGAGGCUAUUUCUUCCUCUGGAAUACGCUCCAGUAAAGUUUUUUUUUUAGGUUUUUAUCGUAACGAUAUGAAAAUAAAAAGCCUCUGAGAAACCAGCAAUGCACAACCUCUGUAUUUGGAAAGAGAUGAUUGUAAUAUUAUUCGAAAAUACUUUUUUGCUGUUAUUUUGUUUGGCUUGGAAGUUUUUAUGAGCACUGAGUUAAGUUACAUCUUGAUGUACUGUAUUUUUUUUUUUAUGUUUGAAUACAUACAGCACUCAUAACAGUGACACAUAAACCAGAACCCUUAUAAGUACAGUACAUAAUUAUUGCCAAAACAUGAAUUUGACUUCAGUCUGUUUAAUUUUGAUAAAGUUCCCCAGAGCGCAUGGGUAGAUUUUAGGCUGGUUGGACGACUUUUGUCUCUUCUUUUUUUUAUAUUGAGAUAAAGUUUAUUUAAAUAUUUGGGUCUUAAUAGCAUCGGUCAAGGUCACUGUUAUAAGAAUAGAACUGGUUUCAAGGCAGUUACAUAAAAACAUGUUUGCAGACUUCCAUUGGACACUUUGUAUCUCUUGCUAUAGUACAUGUAUAUAUGGCACACCUCUGUGAAUUGAUCUGCAGUAUAACUUCAACUCUGUUUUAGGGGAGUAAUUAUCAAGCAGUUUAAGUGUUGAAAUUGUUCCUAAUUGCCCGUUGGCUAUUCUAAUUAGAAAUACGUUUUUUCAUUCUUCAACUAAAUAGCUGUCUGGACAUCAGAUUUACAUCUAUGUGUCAUAUUUAGGGAGUUUUUGUACUUGUGAUAAACUUAUUAAAAGGUUUAUCAUGAGCUUGUUAUUCUUGUUUUGUGUUAGACAAGAACCAAAAUUAAAGAAUUUUGUUGCCUUUUUAUGUCUUUUGAUAUUUAGUACCACAUAUUUUCACCAGAGAAAAUUGAAUUCACUCAUUUGUAGUGUGUUUGGGAGUCGAGUCCUCAAUCUAAGUACAAAUACACUGUGAUGAGUCCAAGUCCAAAAGCACCCGAGUACAUUUAAGCCCAAGUCUGAGUGCACGUACAUGAAAAAGCAAGAAGGUAACUAAACAAAUGAAAUACUUAAGUGAGUAAUAUAACAAUUAAAACACACACCAUGCAACAAUCACCUUUACCAAAUCCUCAUCCAGUUUAAGCAGCAAUGAAACAUAUUUUAUCCUAUUGGAAAUAUAUUUUUAAAACAUGGUUUGACUUAAUGGAUUUGGAACCACUAAGAACAGGCGUGAAACAAGUUUUAAACAGACUAAAACAGUGUGAAAGAAAAUUAUUAUUAAAAUAUACUUUGUUUAUUU